CGCGCCGCUCCGCGCCCACCGCGCUGGGGCCGCCGCGCUCUCCGGCUCCGCUGCGGGCCGGGGGGCACCACGGCCCGGCCCGGCACGGCACAGCGCGGCUCGGCGCGGCCGGGCUCGGCGCGGCCCGGCGGGAGGGCGGCUGCGGUCCGCCGCGGCCGGCGAUGGGAGAUGGAGGGAGCCGGCGGUGCGGCAGAAUCACUUCUGCGGGAUAAUGACAUAUCGGUUCAUGCCCAGAAUGUUGCCAAGGCCAAAUAUGAAUUUUUAUUUGGCUUGGAAGAAGAGAAGCCUUCAGGAAUGGGUAGUGGCCGUGGAAGCAGCAGUUUGCCUCCUCAUACCAUCAUCAAUGAAUUUCCAGAGUACGGCACUGUAGAGUCCAGCAGACAAGUGCCAACGCCACCAUCGACGUUCCAGGCCGGGCCUGUAACACGCAGUCCAGAGAGACGGGGCAGCCACCACCACGUCAGGCCUCUUCCUCAGUGCGCGGCUCCUGCAGAUAAUUUGGGGCCUGAUGCAGGGGCAGUGCAGCCUCACACCUCAGAAGGAGGUUUGCAGCCUGCAGGUAAUCUGCCAGAGAUUAUGAAAAUCUCUCGACGGCUGGAAGCAACAAAGGUGCAAGAAAGCGCAAAUACUUCUCUCGAUUCAGAGACGCAAAUGGAAAAAAAGGGUGUUACUGGCAGCCAAAAUGUGCAGGCAGCCAGAGAACCAGUUCCAGCAGGCCAAGAAAAACUCUCAGACAUGCUUCUUCCAUCUGAACGAACUGCUGAGGAAAAAAAGCAUUUGAUCGUAGAGAAAGAUCUGGCUUCAAUAUGGGCUGGAGAAAAGCAGUCUGAAUCCUCACAGGCCAUAAGUAAUAAAGCAGAGGAGGUCCACGCAGCUCAGGAACCAAGCUGUCACAAACCAUCUGUGACAAACCUGGAAGCAGUCAGCAGUGUGGAGAGGGGCACACGUUUUGAGGAGUUUUCAGAGUACAGUCAAGGCAAAAUGCAAACAGGUCCCGAGAGAAGGCUUGCUAAAGAGACAGCUGUGAGUAAACAUGUAGAAUUUCAAGGUGUGGAGAUCUUAUGGCUGCAAAAAGCUGAGGAGCAGAGAAGAAAGAAGCACUCACUGCUGGACUCUGUGUCUGUGGAAAGGAAGGCAUUCCCCAAAACAUCCAGCCACCCUGUGUCACCAAUGGUCUCCCCAGGCUUGCUUUCCUUGCCAGACAGUGCGUGGAGUGAGGUCUGUGAAGACCCAAGGCUGGGACCCGCUGCCUCUGGAGCCACUCCUCUAGCACUGCCCGAUGAAAGUGGGAAGGAUGAAGUUUCUGUGAAGGACAGGAAGAACUGUGGUGAGGAGGAAAUGGCUGUGCUUGCAAAAGGGCAGGGCAGGAUGGAGGAGGAGGUGGAAGCAGCCACAGGAGGAUACGAAGAUUUCCUUGGGCAGAGGCACUCCGACGUCUCCACCGAUCUGUACAGCUCACAGUUUGAAAACAUCCUAGACAAUGCAUCUUUGUACUACAGCGCGGAAUCGCUGGAGACAUUGUACUCGGAGCCUGAUAGCUACUUCAGCUUUGAGAUGCCACUCACUCCGAUGAUCCAGCAGCGCAUGAAGGAGGGUGGACAGUUUUUAGAGAGGACAUCAGCCUUGGGGCAGACAGAUACCCCUGACAGGGAGGUGAAGGGAUGUGGUGAAGGCAUCACCAGUGGCUUAAGGGAUGCAAACGAAACACUCUUCAAAGGAGAUGUCACAGAAGUCCCUCGUCUGGAAAGCAGUGUUGAACUACAAAAUGCGGUGUUAGACUCCAGCGCAGCCAUGGGGAGCAAUGAACUUCAGGAGAAAGAUGCCACUGGAGCCCCUGGCCAUGAUCUCAGCAAUGGCAGCAGCAGCAAUUUGGAAGCAGCCAGGCGCCUGGCUAAGCGCCUCUACCAUCUGGACAGAUUCAAACGCUCUGAUGUGGCAAAACAUUUGGGUAAAAACAAUGAAUUCAGCAAGCUUGUGGCCGAAGAAUAUCUUAAAUUUUUUGACUUCACAGGCAUGACGCUGGACUGUUCGCUCAGGAGUUUCUUUAAAGCCUUUUCACUUAUUGGAGAAACUCAGGAACGAGAGAGAGUUUUAAUCCACUUCUCCAGCAGAUACUACCAGUGCAACCCAAAUGCCAUUUCUUCUCAAGAUGGAGUGCACUGUCUCACGUGUGCCAUGAUGCUGCUGAACACAGACCUGCAUGGCCACAACAUUGGGAAAAAGAUGACCUGCCAAGAGUUCGUUGCUAACCUCCAGGGGAUGAACGAUGGCAAAGACUUCCCGAGAGGGCUCUUGAAGGCCCUCUACAAUUCAAUCAAGAAUGAGAAGUUGGAGUGGGCAGUGGAUGAAGAAGAGAGAAAAAAAUCUCACUCAGAUGGUACAGAUGAAAAGGAUAAUGGAAACCAGACAAAGGCUGUCAGUCGAAUUGGCAAUUCAAAUAACCCAUUUCUGGACAUCCCACAUGAUCCCAAUGCUGCUGUGUAUAAAACUGGAUUUCUGGCUCGGAAAAUCCAUGCGGAUAUGGAUGGAAAGAAAACUCCCCGGGGAAAACGAGGCUGGAAAACCUUUUAUGCUGUGCUGAAGGGAACAGUCCUGUACUUGCAGAAGGAUGAAUAUAAGCCAGAAAAGUCUUUGUCAGAGGAAGACCUGAAGAAUGCGGUCAGUGUGCACCAUGCACUGGCAUCCAAGGCAACAGACUAUGAGAAGAAACCCAAUGUCCUCAAGCUUAAAACAGCAGAUUGGAGAGUCCUGCUUUUCCAAGCCCAGAGCCAAGAAGAAAUGCAGACCUGGAUCAACAAGAUUAACUGUGUAGCUGCUGUCUUCUCUGCACCACCAUUUCCAGCAGCCAUUGGCUCUCAGAAGAAGUUCAGUCGCCCACUCCUGCCAGCCACCACAACAAAGCUAUCUCAGGAUGAACAGCUGAAGUCCCAUGAAGCUAAGCUGAAGCAGAUCUCCACUGAGCUUGCUGAACAUCGCUCCUAUCCUCCUGACAAGAAGCUCAAAGGCAAGGAAGUAGAUGACUACAAACUGAAGGACCACUAUCUGGAGUUCGAGAAAAAUCGCUAUGAGAUUUAUGUUGGCCUGCUGAAAGAAGGGGUGAAGGAGCUGCUGAGCGGAGGAGAAAAUGAUGCGCCAGGACUGAAGAAAUCCCACUCAAGUCCUUCUUUGAAUCAGGAGUCUCCAGUUAGUGCCAAGGUGAAACGCAAUGUCUCGGAGAGGAAGGACUACAGGCCAGAAACACCCAGCAUUAAGCAGAAGGUCACUUAGGGUGGAAAUGACAACUAGGGGAACAGCCAUGCAGCAAAGUAUUGGUGGUCAAAAUGUUUUCAUUUAAUAACUUGUCAUUCACAAAAAAUAAGUGCAUCUGCCUGAAUGGGGUGUUAGUGACAUUUUCUAUUGUAUAUUUUGCUGUUUCUGUGCAGAUUGUGGGAGAUGUCUUUGCUCCUGCUUUGCUUUGUUAAUUUAUCAUUUAGCAAUUGAAGCAUCGGGACUUUUUUGUGUUGUUCUGUUUUUAAAGGAGCUGGGGAAGGCGUAGAGGGCUGUGACGUUUACUCUGUCUCCUCCCCAUUUAUCUCCUCCCAUCGGCAUGUGGCUUUCAUCUCUCAAGUCACUUGUCACUUUAUUUACGUGGUGGGUGGGAAAAAUAACUGGACAAGUGCUGCAGUGCUGUGAAUGUGAGCUGCAGCUGUGAGAAAAGCUGUGCAAACAUGCGGCUGCAGAAGGCUGACUAGAGGCUAGGGUGCUGGGAACACAAGUUUCCUGACAAUAUGGAGCAUGUUGGUACUGGUACUUAGCAGCAGGUGGUACAGUAAACAGUCACUGUUGCUUAUUGUUACUGCAUUGACCCUGGACACACAAGUGCGAAGGAAUGGAACGUGGAAUCCUCUGGCAAUGCUGGAAUGACGGCAUUGGAAUAAUUUGUUUGCUUCCUUCCAAGCAGAGAUCCUUCUCCUGAGUUUGCAGGCUGGAAGGCAUCCAAACCCAUGCUGUCUCUGCAGUCAGGAAGAUUAGGGAUUACCCAGUUGGAAUGACUAUCCUGGGCUUCACAUUAAUUUGCAGAGAAGGCUGCUGUAGAUGUCAGCCAUUAGCAUUAUAUAUUAAUUAUAUAUUAAAGACAAAGGGCCUCUGUGUAGUUUUUAACUAUACGCUCUCAUUUAGCUGCUAUAUAGAGCCUUAUGAUAUGUUGUGUCCUGUUGCUUCCCCUUCCAGGGGUUUCCUUGUUGGUGUGCACAGAGAGCUGCUUUCAAUUACUCUCAUAGUGAUAAAGCACUUUGCCUUUUUUCUUCAGAAAGGGAUUCUCCUCGGUUCUCUAUUUUCGUUCUUCAGCUCACAAAUAGGUGGAAGAGGCUGGUGCCUCCUCACAGUUCUGCAUACCCUGUGCCAGGCUUUCCAAGGGGAGCACUGGGCCAGGAGAGACCACCAUGGGUAGAUCUUUCCAUACCUUAAAGGCCCCUGUUUGUUCCAUAGACCCUUGGGGUGGCCAGUGGUUUUCAGGCACAGAGAGCAGAAAGAUGACAUAGAAAUAAUAUUCCUGCUUCCCAGCCCCUCUUGUCUGGACAGUGUCAUGGCUCUGCAGAGAAUGCUGGCUCUCCUGUUGCCUGGGUUUUAAUCUCAGUUUUUAUACUGGCCCACAGGGUGAUCUUGGACAGGUCUCUCCCUCUCAGGUCUCUUUUGUGUCGCCCUUUCCCUGCAUGAAGUGGUACAACCAAACUGGCCGUUCCCACAGAGCGCCUUGGGAGAUAAAGUUGAGGGCCAGUUGAAAAUUGCUCCUUGCUGUUCAUUCUGUUGUGCCUGGCACAGGACUGCCUUCUUGAUGAGUACAAUUAAUAAUGCAUAUAGGAACGUCAAGAUCAGUGCAAGGACUGUUUAGAAAUUCACUGGUGUUUUCAGCCCAAGUAGGCAAAGAGCCACACAUUAAAAAAAUUGCUACCUGAGUUGAUGUGUAUUCUGUCAGGCUUCCCAAGGGUCCAAGUCAAUUCAUCUACUGAGUCAAUUCAUCUAGUUUACUGAGCUGCCAGUCCAUUGGGCAGAACUGGAGGUGAUCAGAGGGAAAAGGCCCUUAACAGGCACUGCAUGAGUUGCCUCCCCUACCGAGUACCACCCUGCAACAGCUUUCCUGGUGUUGGCUGUAACAAUGAUGUUGCACUCUCAGAUGUGAGGUUUUGGAGGAAAUUGAUCUUUGCAGCUGCAGCCUGGCAGCAAAAUCAGGUGAGACUGUUCACACGAGUGAUGUUGGGAUGCGCAUCCAUCUGGCAUCUGCCACUGAGAGUGGCUGCUCUGUGCUAAAAGUCAGGAGGUUGGCUCCUAACCUUGGCAACGUUGCUAAAAGCUGCAGAGUCCUGAGUAGGAAUUGGCAGUGCUUCAGCUUUAGAAGUUGUGCAUUCUACUAAGGUGGAGUUAACAUUUAGUUCUCUUCUUGAGGAAGGGAGAUGUCGUCUGCUACUGGAGCAAAAAUGGUGUGGUGCAGCUUAAUUAAGUAGGGAGACUCAAUGUAGAGAGAUGCAUGGUAGUGCUCAUUGGGCGGGUUUGGAGUAAUUAAGAAUGGUAUAUCAACAGCUCAUGGAGGAGUAACAAAGGUAGAUCCCUGCAGCUGUUUGUCAUGCUUUGGAGGUUGAAAACGAACCAGCAGAACAGAAGAAAUUCAAGGGAUUGAAUUGAGGGAUGUUGAGUGCACAUUUGGGAAGAAAACUUGAUCUCUCUGUUAUAAUCUAGGAGUGGUGUUCCCCAGUUUAGUGUUCCCACUGAGUCUCCAAACUACAUGGUCCUUGCUUGCUUCCUUCUUCCCCUCCCCAUCCUUGCAGAGGGAAGGGCUGGAGAGGAGAAUUGAAGGCAUAAAAAGCAAAGAUCGCAGAUCGAGAUAACAACAAUUUACUGGAAACAGCAAUGAGAUAAGAAAAUGAACAAUAAACAACAACAGUAUUAAUAACAGAAUGUUCAAGAAUGCUCACCACACAGACCCAACAAUACUCAACCACUUACUUUCCAAUACCUCUACCCAGAAGGGACAUCUUCCCCUGUUGCUGGAAAAUUACAUGAGAUGGUAUAGAAUAACCUUCAAGUCCAGGCCAUGCCCUUGCCUGGCUGCUGCAAAAAUUAAUCCUGUCUUAGCCAGAACCAGUACAUUAUUUUAUAUGACAGUAGGGUACAUGCAGCAGAAACAAAACCCAAAAAAGGUGCGGGUCUAUAAAUGGCCCUGCUUGGCUGGCAGGGUUGGGUUGACUAGGUGAUGUUUUUGAAGGCAGACUAGAACAUGCUUGGCAAACCUCUUGUGUUUAUGGAGCGCACUGCUUCAUAAGGCAAAGAGGUGACAUUCAACUUUCUUCUUCCCUGGCUUUUAAUGUAUUUUGGUUGCUGAAAAUUCCAGUUAAAUUGCUGAGCUCAAAAAGAAAUUACUCCUGUUUAAUGCAUUUUCUAGCUUUGACACAGAAACUGGGUAAUUCCUCUUCAAAGUCAUUGCAGAAAAGAUGAUUUGAAGCAAUAGGAAAAAUCAAAAAGUGAGCUGCAAAAAAGAUGUAUUUUUUCAUUAUUUAUUAUCUAUUGCCAUGUAUACUUGUAAAUGGAUUAGGGUAUUUUUUUAGGUGUCAUCUGGGCAUAUCAAAUGCAGUUUUUCACUGCAUUUUUUAGUCAUUAAACAUUUGUUGAGCUUAGAGCAGUCUUGCUGAGACUGCUGAGGCAUGCAGAUUAGUUUACCCAGAAUUUAUAGUUUCUGCGCCAGUUUUAAUUAAUGCCAUUUUCUUCUGUUGCUUUACAAUUUAUAAGCAUCCCAGGCACCUGUGUAGAAAUGCAUGCUUUGGAGACCAAGAAUAGAAUGUGAUCCCACUGUGAAAGUCUUAAGAUUCCUGUCCUCCCUUGGGAAUAGGUUCAUCUACCAAUCAGUAAUGUAAUUUGUUUUUUUCCCCUCCUGAUAUACAGGAUGGGGCCAGUUCUCAGGCGGUCUGAGUGGUGCAUCUCCUUCAGUAGCACCAUUGAGAGUCUGACCAGGUAGCUUUGCAUGGUACCCUGCACGCUGCCUCCCUUUGCUGAAAUGUUUGCCUUCAGGGGAGAUCAGUGCUAGACUGCAAUGAUUCAAGAGUUCUGGUUGCAGUAUGUAAGGAUAUUCUGCUGGUUUCUAUCCCUCCUCUGGGACUUGAGCUGCAAAUCACUGGAGCAGCCUGCAGUUUUCUGGGUGUGCUCAGUGCAAGCAGGAGUUGCUGGCUGGCCGCCCUGAGCAUGUGUGCAUGCGGGAGAGCCUUUGCAUUGGUGAUGCAGGGAGGUGUCAUUCUUCCUUGUCACCCUCCCUGCUCCACUGUGCUGUCAUUGCUCAGGCAAAGCCGCUGCCUGUGUGUAGAGAGUGGGGAUGCAGGCUGGGGCCAACACCUCCCUACUUCCCCUCUCUUAAGGUGCAGACAGCGGUUCUGGAGGGGCCCACCCUGCUCUGAAGUGUUGCUGGCUUACGCAUCCUCCAGGGGCUGAACCAUCUGCUAUCCCCAGCUAAGGAAGGAGAGACAGGAAAGGGCCCCAUUAGUUUGCACCCGACAGCAGAGAGCUGAUGGAGAGAGGGAAGAUUGCCUUCCCCUCUCCCCACUCAGCAACCAAAGUCGGUGAGAUACUCUCGUGAAGCUGAAACCACACUCUCCUCUAUGAAUCAGCAGGAUGCAGGGUACUGGUUGAGGUGGCUUUUGUUCAUCAGUGGCUGUGAAAAGAGACUCCCUGGACUGGCUGUGUGUUUGUCUGCAUCUUGCAGAUAAAUUACGCAUGAACCAGUGAACAUGACUACAGCUUCUAAAUCCAGUAUUUAUGUUGUGUCUUUAGUUGAUGAAGAGAGAUAAGUCAGCCAGCAGAGUGAUUAAUGCAGCAGAGUUGUGCGGGAAUGCCGUUCAGCUGUGUUGCCGACUCAGAGCUUUUCGUCUGUAGCCAGUCACUUGUAAAUUACCAGAAACUUGCUAAUGAUUAGUAACAGCUCAUCGCUAAAAUACAGUCCCUCUGAUCUUGCCUGCUCCCAGGUUGCAAUCUGUCCCUAUUAAGGAGCUCUCCUGGGGAGCAGUGCUCUGCACAGCCCUGCUUUUGAGGAGGAGUUAGGCCUAGCAGACCUCCAGGGACUGGAAUUGUUCACUGACUUUUCACAGCUGCAAUGCUUUUGGAUAACAAGGCUGGUUGCUCUUCUGGCUUGAAAAAGCCAAGACUUUUGCCUUUCUCCAUUGGGGAAAUGAAUGUCUUGCUUGACAGGAGCAGGCCAUUCAGUGAAGAUGUGAUUAUGGCAGUGGUGGAAGGCAGAGAUGACAUCAGGCUUCUUGGAGGCAUUGCAUGGCAAUGUUCUUCUUGAAAGUGGGAAAGGCUUUUCUCUGCAGAUGGCUUACUGUGUCUGCAUUCUCCAUUUUUAAAUAAAUUUUAGUCUUAUUGCAGUUAGUCUGACAGCUCCUCCUCCUUUUCUGACAAGCUGCUCUUGUCUGUCAUCUUAGCACCUCAGCUGCUUCUGUAUAACAGGUCUGUUCCCUUCCAUGCUUGCAGAAAUCCAGAAAAUUUGACUCUUCCAUCUUGCAUUGAGAAAACCUGCUCUGAAGCAGUGCUGUGUUGAAUGGAUAACCCUGUGAACAGCUUUGUCACUGUGCUUGUCAGUAGCCUGUGUUUCCAGCCACAGUUAUAGCUGGGAGGUGCGAGACCAGGUUUUAGACUGCUGUGAUCCUCUAGUUGUAUGGCAGGAAUGCAAAGUCCCCCCUCCUGCACUUAGGCCAGACACUUGCAACAUUCCUACUCUUCUAGUAUCCAAGUUGUUGGAAAUACUGCCUGCUUUUUCGGGGUCAAAGGCAGGAUACACAUCUUAUUGCAAGUAAUCCUACAACUUGCUGCUUCUUUAAAUUUUCUCCAGUAUUGAUCUCCCCAGGCUCUGGGAUUUCACAUCUGCUCUGAGGGGGCAGUUAGGAAGUCCACAUUUCUUGUCAGAGCACAAUCAUUGCUCUCCAGCAUGUGUUCUCAGCAUCUGGUAUCUAGGCUGCCUAGAGGAAUGAACCAUAGAAGCUGUCUCAGAAGAAGCUAGUCUGCAGCUUGUGCUUUUUAAAGGAUAUUUUUAGUGCAUAUAGAAGCAGUACAUCUGGCCUCUCCUCUCCCCCAGAGCUCUCCCAGCAGCAUAGGUGCAGCAUAGUGAGCUGCUUCACCUGGAGCUUCACUGUGGGGACGUGAGCUCCAGGAAGAAGAGGCUUUGUCAGCAUUCAGAGAAAUGAUCCCACCUCAGCUGAGCACCAGUACACAGGACAAUGAAGGUGUAGGAAGAAGCCACCCUCCAUGGCUGGUCACCUGCUGGAGACUGAGCUCUAGCAUUGCCCUCAGUGCUGGAGGUAAUGAGAAAUGCUGUCUUCCUUUUCUCUCUAGUCUGUGCUGCUUGAGGAGCUGUCCUUACCACCUGUUGCUUUUCUUCACUGAGGCAGCAGCACCCUUAUCCAGAGGUACCACAGUCCCUUUGUGAGGAGACUGGUUUACAUGAGAGCAAGGAGGUCCUUGGAAAAAGUCUGAAUGCCAUCUGGGAGUAUCUGUUUUGCUGAUGGCAACAUACAGAUGAACACUGAAAGGAAGCAGGCCCAGCCUUGCCUGAGAGGAUGUCCCUUUCUUAUAUAUUUUUCUAGCUGUAUUAGGGUUGUGUUUUAGUUAUUUAUUAGAGCAUCCCUUACCAAAUGCAAGCAAGAACUUUCCCAAACGUUGGACCAUUGACAUGACUUUGCCCUUGUGGUCAGAAAGAGCAAAUUUAAACUAGUUCAAAAUGUUCUCUCUUCCUCACCUUUGAACGCUUAAUUAUUUCAUAAAAAUUACAGCUGUUUAAUUAGUGAGGGACUUCCCAUGGCAUCUGCUUUUAAAUCUGGUCUAGGAACCAGCUGGGGUGCAGGCUAAAGGUUCAUUUGGACCAGUAAAGGUACAUCACUUAGCAGUGCAAGAAUUUAAAGUGCAACAAGUCACAAGGAUUUUUCUCUAAAAUAAAACACUGCAAUUAGUAGCCAUUCUAGCAGUGGUCCUGUCUGUAGCUCACCCAAAUGAGAGGAGCACAAAAAGAUACAUUUUGCCUAAAGAGGUUUGGUUUCAGCUUGAGCUAAUUGAGUGCCAUGGUGUACUGACAGAGCAGCUAGCUAGGCUGCCAUGGAGACUUGUUUGAAACAAAAUCCUCCAACUCCCCUUAGCCUCUUGCUGGGAGGAGGGAGAGAAAUGCUAUCCAGCCUGUGUCACCACACAGGGCAAACUCUACUGGUAAUAUAAGUCUUAACUCAUACACUUAUGAAAAUCUCAUGCUCAGAGCUGUCAGAUUCUGAAAGACUGUAGGAUGAGAACAGGGGUGGGUUGUGGUUGGGUUUUUUUUAAAUUUGUACAUAUUCAUGACAACUGUGUCCUCUUACUUGAGUCUAGAAUUAUAAUUUGGCUAAAAGGACAGAGUUUUUUGGCUUUUUAAAAACUUUAAAAUUCCUCUGUCUGAGGUACACUCUGAGGCUUACAUUAUUUGGUGAACAUGUUUAAGUGAUGCCUAUAGGUAUGUGUAUUUCAUUAGUAUGGCUUCUAUGGCUCAGCACUGCAAAGCUGCUGUUCUUUUCUGAGGCUUAUUUGGUCAAAGCGCUUCAGCAACUGCAAACGUUAGGAUGUUUCUUGUUCGAAUUGUUCUUAAAUGAGGUUAAGCAGCUAUCAGAGCUUCUGCAGAUUUAUGGUAUACUUUGAUCUGCCUUGAUCUUCAUGUGUUGUCCACCAGGGGCUGCCUGUUCUGCAUGUUGAAAGCAAGGCAUAUAUUUGAGAGUCUAAGCAAGAGUUGGUGGGUGGAAUUUUCUGCUAGCUUAACACUGGGCUGACAGUCUCCCUGUUCUUAUCAGCCAAUGCCUGUACAAGGAGCAUCCAUGCUGACUUCUUCUGAAAAUCAUGCUCUGGGGAUCUAAUACACAGCUUUACUUCUGAAAACGUUGACCUUGCUCUGUGAAAAUUCAGCAAAGGGACAUCAUGUCCAAAGUGUCCAAGAAGGACAGGUGCCUGUGAUAUCUCCUGCAGAUACAGCCGUACAGCAGUAGUGAGGGGGUUUAUUUUCUGCAACUGUACAAAUUUCCAGAAGAGUGGCUCAUCAGCAGGUAAAAGAAGAGGAGCAGGGCUAAAAUACCUCCUGAGCAUCCCAUAUGCAUCCCAGAGGUUUCCCUUGGGAGCAUUAAACAACGUUUUAACAAGUUGCUGGUCUGAGGAAAAAGAUAUAGGGAAACCCAGUGGGUUUCUAGUAAGGGCAGCAGUAGCAUGAUCUGCAUUAUACUUAGAAAGAGAGAACAAAAUCUGAGGGUGUGGUUCUUACCUGGAGUCAUAAAACUCUGUCAUGCGGUUAGGUUGAAGCACUUGAGCAACUUCAGUGAAACUCUAUGCCUUUGCACUUCACUGGACCACAGCCAGGGUGAUUAUGUUGUGCAGAACUGAGACAUGAGUGAGCUGCAGCUCAGAAUGAAAUGAAGGGGACCACCUUGUCAUCCUGCUUUAGGCAAGCUGUAGUCCUGCAGUCUUUUUUCAGAUAUUGGGGCUUCUCCCUGGGGUUUCCUGCCCUUCAGGGUGAUGGGAAGAUGUGGGUACGUACUGAGUCUGGGUUUCAGGUAAGAAAUGUCAUUUACCCUCCACCUGAGCUGUUGCUAUGUUGUUUUCUCUUAGGCUGAGAAAGAGGGCUGAAUUUUCAGUCAAUGUUGCUUGGUAGCCGUAUGGGAAGCAUAACUCUCAGAAGUGGUAGUGCAGAAAAAUAUUUUGCACAUGUACAUACACCUUAUACAUCUCUUGUGUGCAGAACUAACCUUCCAGGGCUUGACAGAAGUCCUUGCAAGACCUUUCCUCUGGGUGGUCUCCUAUCCCUUUUGUGAUUUGUAGGAACCUUCUUUCUGGUAAGCUUGAAUUCAGUUUACUCUCAUCACUGAAUUGCUGGAGUGUUGUUCAUGUAAUACACUAGAGACACAGUCCCAGUCUCACUGCUUUGUGGUAGCUUCUUGGUCUGCUGUGAAGCAACAACAUUGAGGUAGCCAUUAAAUCUUUUCCAGCAGCAUGGAAUUUACUGUUCUGACUCUUAGGGAGGUCAUCAUCUCAGGUUUGAUGCUAUCCUACCACCAGGACACCCUGUUUUGUCCCUGGGAAUAGGCAUGGCCAGUAAAACAGACUGGAUGGUUGGAGUCAGAGCUGUGCAGACUUAGGUCAAGCCCUGGUUCAGGGGAAAUUUUUCCAUGUGCUGCUGAUGUCCAUAAGGACUCAAACAUAUACUUGCUUACACAGAGAUGCUUUCCUGAAGCAGAGUUGUCACUCUUUUCUACAGGUAUCACAGGAUGCCCUCCCUUAUUCUGCUUCAUGUAUCUGGUACUAGAAUGAUCAUUUCCUGAUAAAUGAAGGCACUUAAUCAGUCCUCUUCCCCUUGGAAGAAGGACUUUUGGGGAUAUUGUUAUAUCAUUUAAAAUAAUAUUUUGGAAUUUAAGUUUACAUUGCUUUAUUUUUCACUUGAGGUGACUGUAUAUAAAUAUUUUCCUCUAUUUUAUCAUUGCUGAUAAAGUAAGCCUACAGUAUACAGACAAAUAAUUUGCCUUUGAUGUAUUGAAACUGUGAGAUAUAAAGUAGACUUCUCUCUUGUGUCCAUGUUCCUGACUAUAACUCUGUUCCUCUGUGUUUUUAUAAGUUGGAAUAAACGUUGCUUACGGGCAACAAAAAGCC